AAGCGUAGGGGGAAGACGUUUUUGGCCCCAGAAUUAGGGGGAUCGGGAGCCCGUCACGUUACGACGCGUAAAGUUUCUGCCUCAGCUCGACGGAAGAAACAAGCGCAUACUUCUCCCGAUGACGUCCGCAUUUCUGUUGAGGAUCUUAGAGAGUCUGAUGAUUUUGAGAGCUCAGAGGACGAGCCAAGUGAAAAAAUUUACAUUUCUAAACGGAAAAAGGGUGCAGGUGGUCGGUUCGUUGGCGACUCGUCAUCAGGGUCGAACAGACGACCUGAAGAGGUUGACGUGUGGACCGUUACUGGUCCAGUACCUGGUGGACCCAAGGAUGACACUGUUAUUCCUAGUUUUCUCGGGCAUGUCGCUUCUCGGCUAUGGGAUGGGGCGGACAGAGGCGUGCUGUAGUGUCAGACUAGACAUGGAGCUCUGAAGAAGCUGAGACAGUGGUAUGAGAUGGCCUCAGAGGAGGUUAAGGUGCUGAUAGACGGGACUGAGAUAUCACAUCUCCCGUUUAUCAUGUUUGAUCAUCUGGAUAUCCCGCUCCUUUCUGCAUUUGUGGAGCGAUGGCAGCCAGAUACAAACUCUUUUCACAUGCCAUUCGGGGAGAUGACCAUCACAUUACAUGACGUGUGGCAUA